GGCUGAGCGCGGCACGGGCUGAGCCCGCCCCGGUGACACCGCGGGGGACACGGCCCCGGGACCCCGGGACACUGAGGACACCUGGGGACACUGCGGGCACUCAGGACACACCGGGCACUCAGGACACUCCGGACACUUGGGGACGCUCUGGACGCUGUGGACGCUCGGACACUUGGGACACUCUGGACACUCGGGACAUUUGGGACACUCGGAACACUCGGGGACACUCGGACACUGCGGACGCUCGGACAGGCCGCGAUGGACGAGGCGGUGGUGAAGCAGGGCGGGAUGUUCCUGCAGCUGCAGCAAACCUUCGGGAAGAAGUGGAAGAAGUUCUGGGCCGUGCUGUACCGGGAGAGCUCGUGCUCCACGGCGCGCCUGGAGCUGCUGGAGGGCCCCGAGCGGCCGCGCAAGGCCGAGGGCAGCCGGCGCCUGGUCCGGCUCAGCGACUGCGUCCACGUGGCCGAGGUGGGCGGCGAUGCCACCUGUCCCAAGGACACCGUCCCCUUCCUGCUGGAGACCACGGAGCGGCGCUUCCUGCUGGCCGCCGACGGCGCCGAGGCGGCCGAAUGGAUCCAGCGGCUGUGCGAGCUGGCGUUCCCGAGGAGCCGGGAGGAGCCGGGAGUGGCCAAGGAGGGCACCGAGGGCGAGUUCUCCAUGGAGGAAAAUUCCCUGUACAGCUCGCGGGGCAAAGCCGGCCUGGAGCAGGCGUUUGAGGUGACAGUGAGGGUGACACCGUCAUCGCAGCGCUGCCGCCUCCGGGGCCGCGGCAUCCUGCGGGCGGGCGAGGAGGCGCUGGAGCUGUGGCACCCGCAGAGCCAGGAGCUGCUGGCCAGCUGGCCCUACCGCUUCCUGCGCCGCUUCGGCCGCGACAAGGUGACCUUCUCCUUCGAGGCCGGCCGGCGCUGCGCGUCCGGAGAGGGCAACUUCGAGUUCGACACCAGGCAGGGCAACGAGAUCUUCCAGGCCAUCGAGGCGGCCAUCGAGGUCCAGCGGGGCCGCGGCGCCGAGGAGCCGCGCCGGGGGGGCCCUGUGGAUGAAACCCCGCGGCCGCUUGAGCACGCCAGGACACCCGGCCGGGCACAGGGCCAUGAGGAGGGCAAAGGGGUCAAGGGCAGGCCGGUGAUGCCCCCCGGGGCUGGGGAGGCCUCGGGGCCGUUCCAGCUGGCACGGGGUGCGGAUUGUCCCUACGCCGAGCCCCACGACGCCCUGCGCCGCGGGAACGCGGCCGCGCCGCCCGACACGGGCCGGAGGCCGGACGGGGCCAGGGUGGAGUCCGAGUACGCCGUCCCCUUCGACACCAUCGCCAAGUCCCUCCUGGCGCGCCAGUUCGGUGGCCUGGGCUGUCCCCAGGAGGGGCUCCCCGAGCCGCCGAGUGUCCCCAGGGAUGCAGGGGGGGCUCAGCAGCCCCCCGGCCGCCCCACGGCCCCCAAACCCGAGCACAUCUACGACGAGCCCGAGGGUCUCUCGGGCCUCUCGCUGUACGACGAGCCCCAGGAGGUGAAGGGGGAGGCCUGGAGGCUGCAGGCGGCCCCCGAGGAGCCCCCCGGGCUCGGGACUCCCUACAACGCCCAGCGCGACGACUACGCCGUCCCCAAGAGGCCCUUCCUGCUGCAGGGCAACGAGUGGCUCGGCGACUGCGACUACGACAACGUGGCCCUCAGGGUGGCCAAGAAGAGGAACCUGCAGUGAGCGGCAGCGGGGGAGACGAGGAGGGGACGCCCCAAAUCCCCCAGCAGGACUUUACCCCAUCCCCGGCAGAACUGAGACCCCCAGAGCCCAGCGCAGCCGGGGCUGGGGAGGGGGCACAGCCGGGGGUGGCAGGGGACAGCCGGGAGGUGGCAGGGGACAACCGGGAGGUGGCAGGGGACACCUGGGGGGUGGCAGGGGACAGCCGGGAGGUGGCAGGGGACAGCUGGAAGCGCUGGAUGCGCCCACUGGAGGGCAGUGCGAGCCCACCGGAGCGGCGGUGCCCGGGCAGCGGGACCCCCGCGGCCGCAGCCCCGGGACCCCGAAGCCCGCUGGAGCAGCGGUUCCACCUCACUCAUCCCCCGGGAUGCACUUCCAGGGCGGCUGGAGCAGGAAUGGCCUGGGGCGCUCAGCGGGGUGUGCUUCCUUGGGGAUGGACAUCCCAAAUCACUCAGGAUGGGCAUCCCAAAUCCCACGGGAUGGAUAUCCCAAAUCCCUCAGGAUGGACAUCCCAAAUCCCUCAGGAUGGACAUCCCAAAUCCCUCAGGAUGGACAUCCCAAAUCCCACGGGAUGGACAUCCCAAAUCCCUCAGGAUGGACAUCCCAAAUCCCUCAGGGAUGGGCAUCCCAAAUCCCCAGGGAUGGAUGUCCCGAAUUCCCCAGGGUUGCAGAUCCUACCCCAUGGGAUGGACAGAGCUCAUUCCCUGUGAUGGACAUCCCAAAUCCCCAGGGAUGGACAUCCCAAAUCCCCAGGGUUGAACAUCCCAAAUCCCCAGGGAUGAACAUCCCAAAUCCCCCAGGGAUGCAGAUCUCACCCCAUGGGAUGGACAGUGCUCAUUCCCAGGGAUUCAGAUCCCGCCCCGAGCCCUCCUGUGCCCACACAGAGCCCCCAGUGCUCCCAGUAUGUUCCAGUGCCACAGCAGCACCGGGUCCUUCCCUGCCCAAAGGUCCCUCCCCACCUUGCUCGGCAAACCCCAAAUUCCGUCUGUUUCAUCCUCACUUUUUUUUUUUAAAUUCUCUUUAUAAACGCCCCUUCCAUCCCCUCUGGAUUCCAGAUGGAAAACUGGCUUUUAUUUUCAUGGAGAUUUUCACGGCUUGCUCCAUUCC